GCAGGCAGAUAAAGAUUCAUUCAAUUUUGAAACGACAGGGUCAGGGCUGGGGUUGGGUUGAGUUUUCCCCGUGAUUCCUAUAAAGCUUCCUCCUCUUCCAGUCCCACCAUUUCUCCUCCACCCCUACCUUAUAAUAACCCCCCUCCCACCUCACAACUUCGUUUCCAUUUCUUUAUGUUGAUAUAUAGAUAGAUACGCAUGCCUCUGAAUAUCGCUGCUGAAUCCAUCCCAACGUAAGGCCCAGCAAUCGCUUAUCAAGCUUCUUCAGCUCCAAAUUUGCGAACCGAUUAUUCGUUUAUAAAUCUAGGUAAAAAUAAGAGAAAGAUGACGUCAUCCCUGUUAUCAUCAAAUCCAGCAGUGAAUUCCGACAGAUCAUCCACCAGGAGGAAGAAGAAGAGGAAAAUCCAAAACCAAGCAGAAAAUCUCCAACACAAUUCUCCACUUCAAUGGAAAUCUGAGGCUCAGGAGCAAAUUUACUCAUCGAAACUGCUUCAAGCGCUGCGGCAAGUCCGGGCCAGCAGUGCCUCAUCCGGAGCUCAGACAUCGGCUCCAAAGCGAGUGCGAGAUGCCGCGUAUAGAAUUUUAGCCGCCACGGCGAAAGGCCGGUCGAGAUGGAGCAGAGCCAUACUCACGAACCGGCUCAAGCUUAAGUUUAUGAAGAAAAAUAACAUCGUGAAACGAGAACGGAAGCUUAUGACAGUAAUAACCACGGGAAACAGCCGGAUGCAGAAGAAAUCGAAGGUGAGUGUUUUGCGAUUGAAAUCCAAGGGUUUACCGGCAGUUCAGCGCAAAGCGCGCGUCCUGAGUAGGUUGAUUCCCGGUUGCCGGAAACAUCCAUUGCCAGUGGUUUUGGAGGAGGCGACUGAUUAUAUAGCCGCACUCGAAAUGCAGGUGAGAGCCAUGAGUGCCUUGGCCGAGCUGCUUUCUGCUUCUGGCUCUUCUUCUAGUGGAGCUGGUCAACUCAGCUCAAGUAGAAUGCCCCCUAGCUAAUAUGGGUUAUUCUUUUUUUUUUUUUUUUUCUUUUCUCCUUUUAAUGAUUCAGAUAUUCUCCCACCUUAUGAAUAUCCUAAUGUGAAUUAUAUUUUCUAAUUUCCUUUUUCUUUAGAAAAUGAAAGUUUGUGGUGGGUUUUGUAUCUUAAGAAUAAUUAUGAAUGGGAGAUGAUUAGGAGGAAAUAAUGUGGGUUAGGUGCAAGGAAUCGAGGUCACAAUCUUCUUUAUUCACGUGGUUGCAACUUUAAAAUUUUGCAAUGGGGUCCUUUAGAAUAA